AAAAUGAUUAAAAAAAAAAAAAAAAUUUUUUUCACGAUUAAUGAAUCAGAUAGAAAUAAAAUAAUAGAAUAUCUAAUGACCGAUAACACCAAAAAACUUCCAGAGUGCGAAUGGGGAUAUUCGAUAUCGGAUUGUAAUUAUGAUCUAAUAUUACAAGCGUUCUACAUUUGUUCCGAUGUACUUUACAUAAUAGUAAUGAUUGGAGCGAUCGCGUUAUUAAUGUUUAGAAUUAUAGCACGUAAAGGACAUAUUUGGGAGAAAGGAUGUUUUGCUCCAUUAGAAGGUUAUUUAUUAGGUGUUUCUAUUUUCAGCAUGGCACGAGCAUUUACAAAUAUAAUUCAACAAAUGAAUUGGUUUUCAAAUAAUCCUAUAUUAAGAGAAAUGAUUUAUGAUUUCAGUUGGUUUUCCGGUGAUUUUACAAUUGCCACGUAUUUAGCAGGAAUCUUUCGAACGCUUCCAAGAAUGACAUUCUAUAAAUUUUCCAACGAAAAUUCACCAACCAUAUUAAUACUCAAAGGAUCACAAAUAUCCAAUAUAUUUUGGACAUUCUUUUGUAUACAUAUCAUAUAUUCUCAAACAUUGGCCAUAUUAACGGGUAUUGCAAGACUUAAUCUACCUCCUCAUUCUUUUUCAAAAUUUUUAUGUUUGACGUUCGGAUUUCAUUGGGCAGGUUACGGUUUGGUGCAUUUAAGUUUUGCAUUUGCCGCAAUUUAUUAUGGUAAAAGAUUGGUAGAAUUUACUAAAAACAGUUUUACAUUAGCGGGAGUUAAUGAUGAUAAUAUUGGUAUUAAUAGUAUUAUUAGUUCAAGUGAAAGUAGUUUCGUUGGAUCAAAUCAAAGUAUAGAUGCGAAUAGAAGCAUUAGAGCAUUAACAAAUAUAAGAAUAAAUCAAAAUAUAAGAAAGAUGAGAAUAUUAAAUUUCUCAUGUAUUUACAUAUUUUUAUGGCAUAGUAUAUCUUUAAUUAUAGUAUCAUUUCUUCAUUAUAUAUUAUUUAAUCAACCAAUCGCUAGCAAAUCAUUUUUCUUUCUUACUAAUAUUUCUAUACCAUUAAGUUUGCUUAUCGCUUUGAUUGGUAUUUUACAAGCAGAAUUUUAUCCUGGAUCUUAUGAAUUUGUCGAUUUUUAUGCUAUGAAUUCUUUAUGAUAAAAAUUAAUUUUAUUAUGAUUAUAAGAUUAUGAUUAUGAAUUAUGAAAUUUAUGUAAUUUAUGAAAAUAAAAAAAUUUUAUUUCUAUUAAUUGUUCUACUGCGGAAUUUUUUCGUGGCGCCACUUUUUAACUGCAUAUUUCACACGCAUUUUUACUUUUUAUGUCCAUCAUUU